AUAUGCAUUUAUUAACUGUUAUGCCUAAAAAAGUUCACAGUUAUAAUACUUUUUCAAGCACUCAAAAAGGCUAACUUUAAGAUAUACAGAAGCCAAAAGGGAUUAGGACUUUUAAGAUUGAGUGAAAGAGAAUCAAAGAUUAUACACAUAGAGUAAAUACAUCAAACUAUUUGUAUUGAACAAAACUUCAAAGUCCUCAUCAUCAUAUAUGCCAAGAAACAAAUUAAAGCUUAGUGAAAGCAUGCUUUGUCUGCCAUUACAGCUUCAAUGAAGAUCUCAUUACCAUCAUUGGCAUUUUGAAGAAGAAAUCUCUAUACCCUCAAGAAUUGGCUUUUAUGUUAUAUUUUUCUUCAAUAAUACUAUAUACUAAAAUAAAGGGCUUUCUUGAUUCAGUGUAUUUGAAUUUUUCCAGUCCUUUUUACGGCUUGUCCUUAAAUAAAGGUUGAAUCUUUUUCACCUUUUUAACAACCCCUUUACAAAAUCUUGUAUGUAUAUGGGAAGAUCCCCACCAUUAUUGGAUAAAGGUUGGAGAUACUUGGUUUUAGAUAUAGUAUAAUCUUUGAUUCUAUCUUUUCUAGUUCAUGAAUUUCAUGGUCUUUGCUCUGUCAUUAUCUAAAGGAAUUACUUGAGAGUAUUCUUGGUUGUCUUUACUCUUUUUGACAAGGUGAUGGACUCAAUAGCCUAAAGGUCAAGCUGAGACUUUGAAUUAUUGAAAUUUCUUAUGAUGUCUGGAAUUUUGGAAUCAAGAAGUGGUUUGGUUCUGUUUUGGAUAAGUGCUUUGGUGGCUGCUGUAUUGUUGGUUUCUCCUAUAGAAGGAUUGAAUCAGGAAGGAAUAUAUCUUCUUGAAUUGAAGAAGAAUAUUUGGGAUCAGUUUAACCAUUUGUGGAAUUGGAAUCCAAAGGAUGAAACUCCAUGUGGUUGGGUAGGUGUGAAUUGCACUUCUGAUUAUAAUCCAGUUGUGCAAUCUCUUUACCUUAGCUCUAUGAAUCUUUCAGGCACUUUGAGUCCUAGCAUUGGUGGUCUUGAAAAUUUAGUUAAUCUUGACUUGUCUUUCAAUCGAUUCACCGGGAAUAUUCCCAAAGAGAUUGGAAAUUGUUCAAAAUUGUUGAAUCUCCAGCUCCAUGAUAAUUCUUUUCAUGGGAUUCCUAACGAACUGUAUAACCUGUCUAAUUUGGAAGAUGUGAACUUGUGCAACAACAUGAUUUCUGGUCCUAUUGCUGAGGAGUUUGGGAAACUAUCGUCUCUAGUUUCUUUCGUUGCAUACACCAAUAAUCUUACCGGUCCAGUGCCUCGAUCUAUUGGAAGUUUGAAAAACUUGUCAAUAUUUCGAGUUGGGCAGAAUACACUUUCUGGAAGUUUACCCACAGAGAUAGGUGAUUGUUGGAGCUUGGAAUCUCUUGGUUUAGCACAGAAUAGCCUGGGAGGAAACAUACCGAAAGAACUUGGCAAGCUUGGUAAGUUGAAAGAACUUGUACUUUGGGACAAUCAGUUUUCUGGCUAUAUUCCAAAGGAACUUGGAAAUUGUACAGAACUUGAAUUGCUUGCUUUAUAUCAGAACAACCUGGUUGGAGAAAUUCCGGUUGAAAUAGGGAAACUAAAAGUUUUGACGAAGUUAUACCUAUACCGGAAUGGAUUAAAUGGUACAAUUCCAAGGGAGAUUGGAAAUCUUUCUAUGGCAACAGAAAUUGAUUUCUCAGAAAACUUUCUAACAGGUGAAAUUCCAGUUGAGUUUGGCCAAAUAAAGUGGCUGAACUUGUUGUAUCUUUUCCAAAACCAGCUCAAAGGUGUUAUACCAGAUGAACUUACUACUUUAAAGUACUUAAGUAGGCUUGAUCUGUCAAUUAACUACCUAACAGGCCCUAUUCCAUUUGGAUUUCAGUAUCAAACUGAAUUGGUUCAGUUACAGCUUUUUGAGAAUUCUUUAACUGGUACUAUUCCACAAGGUCUUGGCGUUUAUAGUGGACUUUGGGUGCUUGAUUUAAAUAACAACCACCUCACAGGAAGAAUUCCUCCAUUCGUUUGUCGGAAUUCCAAUUUGAUUUUGUUGAAUCUUGCGUCGAAUAAAUUACACGGAUAUAUUCCAUCUGGUGUUCUUAAUUGUAAUUCAUUGGUUCAACUUCGUCUGAACGAUAACAAGCUAACAGGUAAAUUUCCGUCCGAGUUGUGCAAAUUGGUAAACCUUUCUGCUGUUGAACUGGCGCAGAACAAGUUCACUGGUCCAAUACCUCCUGAAAUUGGAUAUUGCCAGAAGUUGCAAAGGCUUGAUUUCUCAGGCAAUAGUUUCAACCAGUUGCCAAGGGAGAUAGGAAAUCUUACCAGGCUUGUAACGUUCAACGUCUCGGCAAAUUUGUUCACUGGACCGAUACCUCCAGGAGUUCUAAACUGCAAGGCACUACAACGACUUGAUCUCAGCAAAAACAGAUUUACUGAUGUUAUACCUGAUGACAUUGGUAGCUUGUCGCAGCUAGAACGCCUUUUGCUUUCAGAGAAUAAGUUAUCCGGAAAGAUACCAGCAACUUUGGGGAGCCUCUCUCAUUUGACUGAGCUGCAGAUGGGCCGGAAUUUAUUGUCAGGCGAAAUACCAUCAGAGUUGGGAAAUCUUACUGGCUUACAAAUCGCAAUGGAUCUUAGCAACAACAAUCUCUCUGGUAAUAUACCACCUAACCUUGGUAAUCUUAUCCUAUUAGAGUACCUCUAUGUCAACAAUAAUCAUCUAAGUGGUGAAAUACCUGGCACAUUUGGAAACCUGACAAGUCUCUUGGGCAUUGACUUCUCAUACAAUGACCUAACUGGACCACUUCCAGAUAUACCACUCUUUCGGAACAUGGACAUCAGAAGCUUCAUCGGAAACAAAGGUCUUUGUGGGGGGCCCCUAGGUGGAUGUAAUGCACCUCCAGCUUACGAUCCCAAUAAUCCUCCUGGAGUCAAGAAUGCAGAUUCUCCUCGAGGAAAGAUUGUUACUGUUGUUGCCGGUGUAAUUGGUGGAGUUUCUCUUGUUUUGAUUGCGGUUAUUUUGUUUUACAUGAAGCGGCAUCCAGUUGAGAGGGUUGCAACCGAGGAUAAAGACGCGUCAUCUUCAGAUCCGGAUAUUUAUUUCCGUCCUAAAGAGGGGUUCAGUUUCCAGGACUUGGUUGAGGCUACAAACAAUUUUCAUGAUAGUUAUGUUCUUGGAAGAGGAGCGGUUGGAACGGUUUACAAGGCGGUCAUGCAGAGUGGACAAACAAUUGCAGUCAAGAAGCUUGCUUCUAACAGAGAGGGUAAUAACAUUGACAAUAGCUUCCGUGCAGAGAUCUUAACUCUAGGAAAGAUAAGGCAUCGUAACAUCGUAAAGCUAUAUGGAUUUUGCUAUCAUCAGGGUUCUAAUUUACUUCUCUAUGAGUAUAUGGCCAAAGGUAGCUUGGGCGAAUUGCUUCACGGUGAAUCUUGUAGAUUGGAUUGGCCGACUCGAUUUGUGGUGGCUGUUGGGGCUGCUCAAGGACUUACUUACUUACAUCAUGAUUGCAAGCCACGGAUCAUCCACCGUGAUAUAAAGUCCAAUAAUAUUCUGCUUGAUGAGAAGUUUGAAGCUCAUGUUGGUGAUUUCGGUUUGGCGAAAGUUGUUGAUAUGCCUCAAUCUAAGUCUAUGUCUGCAGUUGCUGGCUCAUAUGGCUACAUAGCCCCUGAAUAUGCUUACACCAUGAAAGUUACAGAAAAAUGUGAUAUCUAUAGUUACGGGGUAGUCCUUUUGGAGUUGCUAACCGGAAGAGCACCCGUACAGCCCCUAGAACAAGGAGGUGAUCUCGUCACAUGGGUGAAGCAUUAUGUUAGGGACCAUUCAUUGACAUCGGGAAUACUUGAUAGCCGAUUGGAUUUGGAAGAUGAAGCUACCGUUAGUCAUAUGCUUACAGUUCUAAAAGUUGCUUUAAUGUGCACUAGUAUGUCCCCGCAUGAUCGUCCUUCAAUGCGCGAGGUUGUACUGAUGCUGAUCGAAUCUGAUGAGCAAGAAGGGAACUUCCUCUCAUCGCCAGUUUAUGAACUCCCUCUGAAAGAUAAUUCCUUCUAGAUGCAUGUAAGAAGCAUAUCUCAAUUAAAUUUAAAAUUUUUAGUGCUAAUUCUCCUUGUAUUUUUUGUUAUGGUUAAUUAUAGAUAUUCCCAUGUAUAUUUCUUAUAGUGAAAAUUUCAUAACUCACUUUCUAGGACUA